GUUAGAUCAGCCAGGAUUGAAUGGCGGAGUAGACUUGAUGGGCCGGGUGGCCUAAUUCUGCUCUUUUCACCUAUGAUCUUAUGAACUUAUGAAAAGGGUUCUGAAUGUCUACCCUGGGAUCUGAAGCCACACCUGACCUUGUGGGCAGAGGAGUUAAUAGGCCUGAUGCAGUACCUAUCUUGACUAGUCAUGAGCUGAAACAGGAGGCUGUGAAACUGAGAAGGUCAGUAGAAGGAUGUGAAACGAUCGCUCUACAAUAUUUCCUGGUUUAAUAAUCAAAUCCAGCAUUCCUGUCAUGUAUUGAUUAAUAUCUUACACUCUUUCUUCCCAAAGGCUGCACUUAUAUAAAUGCAUAAUAACAAUCUUCCACAUAAUAUGCAACAAUAGAAAGUGCUCUUGAUGUUAUGCAAGAAACUGUCUCCACUUUGUCCCAAUAAUAACAACACCCAAAAGAACCAAGAAGGAAGCAAUUAUUUGUUUUAUUAAAGAAAGAAAAUGCAAACGAAAUGAACGGUAGGAAACAAAUUGCCAACUAUUAGAACAGGUAAGAUUAAAGAAAUCCUCUUGUGAUUAUCAAAGAGGAUUAUUCCAAGCUCCCCGCUUUAUCAGACAACUGUUUUUCGUGUUUCAUUUAGCAAAGUACAUGUAAUCCAGUUAAAAGCAGAAGGAGACACUUGAAACAGGAAUACAGCCAUAUCAUCAACCCCGGACUGGAAAAUUCUGAGUCCGGGCAGCAAUUGAUGCGAUUUGCUUUAAUACCGUGUCUCAUUCUGGGGCUGGUGAGAGGACCUGAUGUUGUCCACUGAUGUUGUCGGUGCGCCUACACCAGCCUACGCGCCUCUCUCUCUCCGCACAAGGAUGCGCUCAAAAUGAUCGCUGUAGACAAAGCUCAAUGUGGAAAUCGGCUUAGACAAUCUCCAUGGCAACGGCAAAACCAUCACAGGAGAGCGAAGGCUUCGCCAGUGAAUCAUCAGUGAAGGUGCAACGGAGGCAACAGGUUCCGAGGGGGCAGAUUCUACAACUGCUUCUCCAGUUGGCGGACAGCAGGAAUAAAGUUGCUGCACUACAGCGGGUCUUUGCCUCCCAUGUCCUUCCAGCUGGAUGCGAGCAAGGAGAAUCUGCCUUCAACACGAAGCACGCUGCCACCAGUGAACAAUGUCGAUAUCUUCAUGGUUCAAAUGGAACGAACCCUAUCAUAGAUUCGCGCAGAGGAACCCCACAGAGAUGGUCGUGGAGACUCUCAUGAUGGAACUUGAUUGGCAGCUAAAACAAGCUGAGAAGAUGCAAAGGGAGCGAGAAGAUGAGUACAGAAGAAUAAAAACAGGCGUGGAUUACAGCUGGCUGGUCAGCCACCCUCAACACAGUUCAGGCAUGACCCCUGGGGAGAGACUUGACCUUGAGGAAGCCUGUUCCAAAAUCCAUCCCAGUUACUGUGGACCAACGGUACUUAGAUUUCGGCAAAUGAUGGUUGAAGAUGAACCUGAGGUCCAUGAAGUGGUGCAGUUAUUCCAAUCCGUUCUUCAGGAAACUAUGGGGAGAAUGAAGGAAGAUCAAGAAACAAGGAAAUUAACCAGGCAGUGGAGCAAGAAACGGACAGUGAGUCACACCAUGAUGACAUUUAAAUCUCGAGUGAGGAUCUAUCCCUUCAACAGUGACAUCAAGACAGUUUCAGAAGAUGUGGAGCAAACCUUUGUUGCACCAAGGCGCGUAUGGAGCAUGCCAGAGUUCAAGACUUUAAAAGAGUUAUGAUGGAUGGUGCAAUCUAAUUUAAGUGACCGUGCAGAGUCCAUCAAAUGUACUUAAUCAUUCAAUUUAAGAUCGACUUUGAACUAUUCAUUCAGAAGAUAUGGCACAAUUGGCAAGGUCAGCAUUUAUUGUUCAUCUCCUGUAAUUGUUGGCUUGCUAUUUGAUUUCAGACGAGAGUUAAGUCAACUACGUUGCUAUGGAUCUGGAGUCACAUAGAGGGCAGACGCGUUAGACAGCAAAUUUAAUUCCCGGAAGGAACAUUAGUGAAUUAGUUGUAUAUUUAUAACAAUCCAGCAGUAUCAUGAUCACCAUUUCUGAUACUUGCUUAUUGAUUUCACAAUCCAGCUGAAUUUAAAUUUCCCUUCUGCCAUUGUGCGGUUUUUAUUUAAGCUUGUAUAUAAUAUUAAGGCUUUUGAAAUGCGAAUCUUGCACACCAGGCUAAUGUGCCCGCAAUCUUCCAGAAACUGUGCCUGAUGUGAAUGUGUAUUGUCCACCUGCUGUAAUCAGCAUUUGCUCUUGUGAACUUGCGGAUGAGAAAUGAAUGGCCUAUUCCUGAAUAUAGUACAACUGAAAUUGGUUUCUAACAAAAAUACAGAACAAACAAGUGAUUUGGAAACCUGACGUUAAACAAAUUUCUGUUGAACAUAAACUCGUGUCAUUUCACUUACAUAUGAAUUAUUAGUAUAUCAUCAUGUAUUGCUGAUAUACCAAGGAAUGUUUGUUGUUUGAAGAAGGGUCUUGACCCUAAACGUCACCCAUUCCUUCUCUCCUGAGAUGCUGCCUGUUCCGCUGAGUUACUCCAUCAUUUUGUGUCUAUCUUCGAUUUAAGCCAGCAUCUGCAGUUCUUUCCUCUACAUGUUUGUAGUGGUCUAUAAAAAAAUAAUCCAUUGGCAUUUUAGGUGUUUCUCCAUAAACAAGUUUCCAUAGUGCAAGAUCAAUAAUGAAAUGUGAUGUUUUUUAUUAGAUAUUUUUAAGAGGUGUGUUGCAAAUGGAGACUAUUUCAGUUAUUUCCACAUAAAUCAGUUUUAUUUUCACUGUCUUCAAAUAUCAUGCUAUGUAUCCUAUUACAAUUAAUCCCUUCAAAUGGUACAAGUUAGAAGCUAGGAAUAGAGGAGGGCUAACAGACGUUUUUCUGAUAAUGUCAACCGUAUGUUUGCGACCUGGUAAAGUGCCCUUGGCACACCCCAUAUCAAUAUGAAUGAUGCAGAUCAGUUCCUCAAAAUCUACAUACAUUGUGGGUCGGGGCAUAAAGUAGUGACCAGCUCCCCCCUCCCCCUCC